CGCACCGUGCCGCGGCUAAUGGAACCCGCGCGAGGGCUCCUACCAAUCACCGCCCGGCUUCCUCCCACCGCGGACCAAUGGUGGCGCGCGUUCUUGGGGCGUGGGCGAAACAGGCUGCUCUCUCCUUGCUUGUGUAGUGUGUGGGCUGGGGUUGGUGGAGGCUCGUAUCUUGGCCGCACUUGGUUCGCACUUGUGCUCGGGGGGCUUUUGUGUCGGCUUUUGCUUUGCUUUGUGUGUGCGAGUUUUUGCUUUGCUCUGCGGCGCUCUUCCCGGGUGGGAGCCGUGAGGCUCGAAGGCGGCAGCGCGGUCCCCCCCCCCCCCCGGGCAAAGAGCGAGCGCGCCGGCGUGAGCUGCGGGUGUGAGGUCUGCGGGAAGGGGAUUCGCCGCGGAGAUGCCGGAGUUCCUGGAAGACCCCUCGGUCCUGACGAAAGAGAAGUUGAAGAGUGAGUUGGUCGCCAACAAUGUGACGCUCCCGGUCGGGGAGCAGCGCAAAGACGUAUACGUGCAGCUCUACCUGCAGCACCUCACGGCGCGCAACCGGCCGCCACUCGCCGCCGGCGCCAACAGCAAGGGGCCCCCGGACUUCUCCAGCGACGAGGAGCGCGAGCCCACCCCGGUCCUCGGCUCCGGGGCCGCCGUUUCAGGCCGCAGCCGGGCCGCCGUCGGCAGGAAAGCCACAAAGAAAACUGAUAAACCCAGACUAGAAGAUAAAGAUGAUCUAGAUGUUACAGAGCUCACUAAUGAAGAUCUUCUGGAUCAGCUUGUGAAAUAUGGAGUGAAUCCUGGUCCUAUUGUGGGAACGACCAGGAAGCUAUAUGAGAAAAAACUGUUGAAAUUGAGGGAACAGGGCACAGAGUCAAGAUCAUCUACUCCUCUGCCAACAAUUUCUUCAUCAGCAGAAAAUACAAGACAGAAUGGAAGUAAUGACUCUGACAGAUACAGUGACAACGAAGAAGGAAAGAAGAAAGAACACGAGAAAGUGAAGUCCACUAGGGAUUUUGUUCCUUUUUCUGAACUUCCAACUACUCCCUCUGGUGGAUUUUUUCAGGGUAUUUCUUUUCCUGAAAUCUCCACCCGUCCUCCUUUGGGCAGGACUGAACUACAGGCAGCUAAGAAAGUUCAUACUUCUAAGGGAGACCCACCUAGGGAACCUCUAAUUGCCACAACCUUGCCUGGCAGGGAACAGUUGCAGAAGUUAGCCUCUGGAGGGAAUUUGUUUACUUCCUCCAAGUCUAGCCAUGAUAGAUGUUUAGAGAAAAGUUCUUCGGCAUCUUCUCAGCAUGAACUCGCUGCCAUGUUGGUCUCUGCUGCAGCUUCUCCUUCACUGAUUAAAGAAACCACCACUACUUGCUAUAAAGAUAUAGUAGAAAAUAUUUAUCGUGGAGAGAAAAGUGGAAUUCAACCAUUGUGUACUGAGAGGUCCCGUGUUUCAGAUCAGUCAGUUCUCUCCAGUGAAAGGAAAGCACUAGAAGAGUUUGAGAGAUCACAAGUAAUUUCUCCACCACUUGCUCAGGCGAUCAGAGAUUAUGUCAAUUCUUUGUUGGUCCAGGGUGGAGUAGGUAGUUUGCCUGGGACUUCAAACUCUACACCCCCACUGGAUGUAGAAAACAGAUGGAAGAGAAUUGAUCAAUCUGAUUAUCAAGACACUGAAUCCCUGUCUCCUCCACGAAAAUUCCCUAGGCUCAGUGAAAAGUCAGUAGAGGAAAAGGAUUCAGGUUCCUUUGUGACAUUACAAAAUACACCUGGAUCUGAACUGAUGUCAUCUUUUGCCAAAACUGUUGUCUCUCACUCACUCACUACCUUAGGCAUAGAAAUGUCUAAGCAAUCACAACAUGAGAAAAUAGAUGCCUCAGAACUAUCUUUUCCCUUCCAUGAAUCUAUUUUAAAAGUAAUUGAAGAGGAGUGGCAGCAGAUUGACAGGCAGCUGCCUUCACUGGCAUGCAAGUAUCCAAUUUCCUCCAGAGAGGCAACACAGAUAUUAUCAGUUCCAAAAGUAGAUGAUGAAAUACUGGAGUUUAUUUCUGAAGCCACUCCACCAGUAGGUAUUCAGGCAGCUUCCACAGAGUCCUGUGAUAAACAGUUAGACUUAGUACUUUGUAGAACGUAUGAAGCUGCAGCAUCAGCAUUGCAAAUUGCAACCCAUACUGCCUUUGUAGUUAAGGCUCUGCAGGCAGACAUUAGUCAGGUUGCACAAAUUCUUAGCUCAGACCCUAGUCAUAUGCACCAGGCACUUGGGAUUCUGAGCAAAACAUAUGAUGCAGCCUCAUUUCUUUGUGAAGCUGCAUUUGAUGAAGUAAAGAUGGCUGCCCAUAGCAUGGGAUCUUCCACUUUAGGUCGCCGCUAUCUCUGGCUGAAGGAUUGUAAAAUUAAUCCAGCUUCUAAGAAUAAGCUGGUGGUUACUCCCUUUAAAGGUGGAACAUUAUUUGGAGGAGAAGUGUGCAAAGUAACUAAAAAGCGUGGAAAUAAACGCUAAUGAAGUUAAGAAUAAAGACACCUAUUUGAUCUUCAAUAUGGGGAGCUUAGCAGCUUCCCUAAGAAUUUCAAGUGCUUUUAUGCCAGAAUUUUCUUUGUAGAUCUUUUUAGUCUCCAGAUAGUGCUAUUUUCACAGUCAAGCUUCUACCCAUCAAAUUAUAGUAUAAAAGUAAUUGACUACAUAGAACUGCCUUUUUUUAUUUUUUAAGUUGCACAGAUAGAAAAGGCCUGAUAGAAAUAAUUUAAAGAUUUCUAGGUCACAUUUUUGCCUCAUACAGUUCACUCUCUCCUAUUAAGAUUUUAUAAUUCUCUAAAACUAAGAAAAUGUUAUUAACUAGAAUAUAAGUGGAGUCUUCACUGAUUGAAAUAUUACUAAAUAUCUUUUCACUUUCUAGAACUUGUCUACAUUGUUUUCUUUUAUUCUCACUUUUGUUUUUUACUUCUAUAUUCCUUCAUAAUAUUCUAGAUCAAUGCAAUUCAAAGUGCCAGUCUACAGACAGUUAACUGAUCCACAGACAAGAUAAGUAUGCACCAGAAUUUGGAUCUAGAGAUUUUAGAUCAAUGACAGGGUUUAUUUUUGUGGCAAAAUUUUAUUGAUAAAACCAUGUGCCAAUUUACAUUCUGGUGCAAGUGUCUCAUUUCUUCAAGGACUAGUAGCAAACAGUUCAUGGACCACACCUUACAGAAUCUGCUCUAAACCAUAUAAUUCUGGAAUAAUGCAUUCUCACUAUCACUGUAGUUUGUCAGAUGAACUAGACACUGGAAAAGUGGGGCUUUUUUUUUUUUUAAUACUUUCAAGUUAUGCUGUGGUUUAUGGAUGAUUAGGUUUAAUCUAAAUUCUAAAAGCAAAUUUAAGUUACUAGUUUUUUAAAAAUUCAUAAGAAAUCAUACUAUAUUCCUUUGUAUAAAGCAGUAUAUUAUUCUGUGUUUUCAUUUCUAUGAUUGUAAGAUGAGUCUAUUUGUAGAUUGUAAGAUGAGUCUAUUGUAGUAAUACUCCUAUUAUGGAAAACAGUAGUAUUAAGUAUCAGCAAAAUACAGUCCCUUUGGUCCUCCUGGCCAUUAUUAUAUUCUUACUAUACAUGUUCAUCUUUGCAGCUUCCUGGGAGUAAUUUUAUUUGUUAUUUGUCUUCUGGAAUGUACAUGUAUACAUGUACCUACUAAGUGCUGUGUGACUUUUUUUAAUGUAUUACUGUAGAAUGCUUCUGCAAAUUCAAUAAAGUUGUAAUUUGAACAGUUUUGUGUGGUCUCCAGAAACAUGUUUUAUGUGUGUUUUAUUCUUGGAGUUGCAACAAGUUAGGUAUUUGUGCAUAAACAUCCCUUUUCCAUUUCUUUAUUGAAACUUGCUUAGAUUCCAGUGGUAUAUUUGAAAAUAUUCUAAUUAUCACUGUAUAGUUUUUCUUCUGUUAAAGACUAUGUUUUUAUUGGCUGUUGGAAUUUAAAUUUGAGAGGAAUUAAUGUAUAACCAGAUACCUUAUUUGUUUAGUCAAUUUCUGCUCAAUUACUACUGGGUUCCUUACUUUGUGAUUUCUUAUUCUUAGAUUUUGAGUUAAUAAAACAUAAGGUUUAUAUAUAAUGCUAAGGAUUGUCCGAAGCAUAAGUAUAUCAAUACAUUUAUUAAUAGACAUUUCAGGAGUUGGGGGUGGAGGUGAUACCUUAAUCCUAAGUAAAAUUGAGCUAUUUGAACUAACAUGGUAAAAAUCACUGUUUGGGGAAAAUUGCAAGUAGACUCUGGACUGACUAGUACUAGACUAGAUAGUUAGCAAAACCUAACUGUCCUGACUACUUUUUAGCACCAGUGCAUCAAUUUCACGAAAAACUAAGCUUUUUAAGAAUUGACUCCAUUUCUAUCUCUGGUAGGAAAGUAAUCUAACUUGAAUUUUUGGUAAUACGAGUUUUAGUAGUCACAACAGACAUUCAUUUUGUUAUACUAUGAUAAAUGUCCACAAAAAUUAAAACUUUUACAAGUCUUUAAAAAUCUGGCUCUUCAGGGGCGUCUGGCUGGCUCAGUCAGUAGAGCAUGCGACUCUUGGGGUCAUGAGUUCAAUCCCCACGUUGGGUAUAGAUUACUUAAAUAAAAAAAAAAAGCUAGCUCUUCAAAUGGUGAUAAAAAUCAAGGCUAGGAGAAUGUGGAAUAUUGAAGACAAUAAAAAGAUAUAUUUGAGUUGUUUGGCAUCAUGGUGAUACACUAAUUAAUAUAUAUGCACUAGCUUCUCUUCAAAGAAAUGCUAUUUUUAUUAUGGAGAGGAGGAAGGCAAGUGACCUGUGAGUGUUAUUUUCUGUGAACAGGAUUCUUCCUUACCUCCUCAGUUGUACCAAGGGUUUUUUUUUUUUUUAUAAUCCUGUCAAAACAGAAGUGAGGACUUUUAAACUGCACUAAAGUAUCAAAGUCACUGCACUUGUUACUAGAGGCUUGAUACCAUACAGGUGUUUUCAGUCUUAAAAUUCCCUAUAGCUUUUUUUCUUCCAUAUUUCGAAUUUUAAUAACUAACCUUUGUUUAUAUAGUAGUAAUGCACUGUAUGGACAAAAGAAUAUUAACAACGUUUUAAUGUCCUUUUCCCACAUCCAAGUAGUUUUGUGAAAAGCCCCCAUGGGCAAUUUGAAUUCACUUUAUGUUUUAGGCUAUUAGUUCCAGAAAAAGGAAAGAAUAAAUGGAAAGAAGCAGUGAUCAGAUUAAGGAGUGGGGGAGAUAAAAAUGGAAUAAAAUAAGAAUGGGAAAGUAAAGUUUUUAAAAGACAGAAAUUACAGUUGAAGAGUCAUGGUCUAUUGAGGUAAUAACCGAUAGACAAACUUGUUUUACGUAAGAAUGUGCCUAAAACCAAGGUUCCAGGGUAACGUUAAAAUGACAUUGUAGUUUAUUCUGUAUUUCAAAUAGUAAUG